UCAUUCGCUUAAAAGCCGCUGCGCUUAUUAGUCUAUCUUCAAUCAUUAACAACUUUUUAUCGUGAAUACUAACACCAAUUAUUGCAUAAUAACAACAACAAAUAAUAACAAAGUUAAAUAAAAAAAAAACAAACAAACAAAUAAAUAAUGAAAUAUUUUUACAUCAUUUUACUGAAUUGUUUAUUUAUAAUUUUAAAUAAAAUUAAUUGUUUAUCGAUUGAUAAAAUUAUUGAAAACGAGUGUCCGAGAAUAAUAAGUCGACAGGAAUGGAAAGCAAGGAACGUAAGUGGACACGUGUUAUUAUGGACGCGGCCUACGCCGUACAUCGUCAUACAUCACGGCGGAAUACUUCACUACUGUUACGACAUAAAAGAAUGCUCAUCAAUUGUUAAAUCCUAUCAAGAUUUACAUAUCGAUACCAAUAAGUGGAUUGACAUUGGCUACAAUUUCGUAAUCGGGGAAGAUGGGAACAUUUACGAAGCUCGCGGUUGGGAUUUCGUUGGCGCCCAUGCGCCUGGGUUUAAUACUCAAAGUAUUGGGAUUUCAAUAAUUGGAGAUUUUUCACACUUCCGGCCAAAUAAAAAUGCAUUGAAAGCAUUAGAUAAUUUAAUAACAUGUGGAGUAUUACUUAACAAAAUAAGUAAAGAUUACCAAGUAAUUGGCCAUCGUCAAAGUCGAGUUACUGCUUGCCCAGGUGAAGUUUUUUAUUCUUACGUCCAAUCGAUGCCAAGAUGGACAUCCACUCCGGUACCUGUUUAUAACAAUAAUUCUAGUCUUAUCGACAAAGUCGACGGUGAUAAAAAAAAUUAAAUAAUAUUUAAGCCAACUAUUUAUUUGUUUUGUAAAUUUGUACAAUAAAAUCCAUUAUUUAUUUCCACUUGUCAAUAGUCAAUUUUCUGG